AGCCUAUAAUCAGCUUGCUAUAGUUUGUAAAAAUGAUCUUUUCCAAAACCAUUCCCCUUGUUUAUUUUCUCUUUAUCACUCUCUAUUUUGCUUCCGCUCAUGCAGCAACUUUUGCUAUCACAAACAACUGCCCUUAUACAGUUUGGGCAGCUGCUGUGCCUGGUGGUGGCAGGCGACUAGACCCUCGCCAAACUUGGCCCCUCCCUGUAAACCCCGGCACAACAGGAGCUCGCAUAUGGGCUCGAACCAACUGCGGCUUUGAUGGAGCAGGUCGUGGCCGAUGCCAAACUGGCGACUGUGGCGGUCUACUCCAAUGCACAUCCUAUGGUGCACCCCCUAACACCCUUGCUGAGUUUGCCUUAAACCAGUUCAAUAACUUGGAUUUCUUUGACAUCUCCCUGGUUGAUGGGUUUAAUGUCCCGAUGGAAUUUAGUCCCACUUCAGGUGGAUGUAGAAGGGGGAUUACAUGUAAGGCUGACAUCAAUGGGCAGUGCCCUGCUGUGUUAAGGGCACCUGGAGGGUGUAACAAUCCUUGUACUGUGUAUAAAACCAAUGAAUACUGUUGCAAUAACGGAAACUGUGGCCCUACAGAUUUGUCUAGGUUUUUCAAGGAUAGAUGCCGAGAUGCGUAUAGUUAUCCCAAAGAUGACCAGACCAGCACUUUUACUUGCCCUGGCGGUACUAAUUAUAAGGUUGUCUUCUGCCCUUAAAGGACCCACUCCGCUCUAUGUAUAAUCUAUAGCUGCUUUCGCCAAUGUUGAUCGAGCAGUAUCGAUCUGUAUGAAUAAAAACCUUUUCAAAAGGGUAUAUGCGGUGGAAUGAAAGUAGAGAUAUUUCCCUUA